AUGGUGGGCGUGUGGCUCCCAGAAGAGUUCAUGGAAGGCCGCAUAGGUGUUGCAAUCACUGUGCUUUUAACACUGUCGACGGAAUCCGCAGGUGCUCGUGAGCAUCUCCCCAGUGUUUCCUAUAUGAAGGCGAUCGACCUGUGGUUUGGCUUUAUUACUGGCUUUGUAUUCGUCACACUUCUGCAAACUCUUCUCGUCAUUGCGCAUGACCGGCGCGCCAAUCAACUGAGAAAGUGGGCAACAGGAAAGAAAGGUGAGUUAACAGAGCAGUCGCGCGAGCUGAUGCUUGAAAAUGCAGAGCAGUAUCAUAAACGCGGAAGAUAUCUGGAUAACUUUUGCCGUGUGUUCUACCCUCUCGCUUUCUUCAUUUUCCUCCUCGUGUAUUAUUUUGUUAUUACGGAAGGACGGCAGGACGACUGUGUUCGUCACCAAGUACGAACUCGCCAUCAUGCCUAA